CACCGACAGCUCCCCCGCCUCCAAAUCCAACACAAUGCUUGCGCAAUCCAUCAGGGCUUCGCGCCAGACGCUCGUACGCGUCGCCCGGCAGCAACCUGCCUUCGUCGCCCGACGCACCUUCAUCGUCCCUACGGCCGUCCGACAAGUCGACCUCGUGCAGGACCUUUACCUCAAGGAGCUCAAGGCCUACAAGGCACCGCAGGUCAAGGCCUCCGAUGCGGAGGGCCAUGUCCAGACGUUCACGAUCCCCAAGGCUCCCGCCUCGCCCGAGGAGACCGACAUCGCAAGCGAGUUGAAGGCAUACGAGACCCAGCAGGUCGAGCUCGAGGGUGCCACGACCGAGGACGGCGCCGCCCCCGUGGAGGAGGACUGGUUCGAGGAGGAAGAGGAGGAGACUGCUGCUGCUCAUUAGGUUGCAAGCGUCAUCAUCGUUGCGGCAUCAUUGUACUAAAAAGGUCCUAUGACUGUGUCUAUAACACCUGGGCAAGAGGUCUUCCAAUGCAUAUUUCAAACAAAAGAGAUCAUAUCCUCGAAAUGCGGACUCUGAUUGGGUUUCAGUGACUACUAACAGAAUAGUCGUACAUUGAAGCGAGCAUGACAAACGAAG